UGCAUGCCGUCGUCGCCGGGACAAUCUCCGUCCCCCAGAGCCUUCACGACGCGAAGACCUAGUCGCCGUGCGAGGUGGGUGCACCAUGACAGCGAUAUCGCAGCAACGAAUCACCCGUGUUGGUGUCGACGGCCGUAGCCGCACAUUGCGCCAUGGACUCUGCCGCUGGCACUUUGAUGAAUUGAUUUCAUUGGAUGAAAUGAUUCGAAAUAGUUGAAACCAAGUGCUCGGAUUGGCCAAUUCGUCCCCGCCAAAACGUGCAAAUAUCCCGCCACGAUCGAACCAGCCAAUCACAGCCGUCGAUGGACUUUCAAAUGGGCAAGGUCAAACACGCGAUACAAUUUCGUGCCAAGUGAUGACGACGGAGAUGGACAAGCUCAGCUCGCCCAAGAUCUUGCUAUCGCCGACGGCGACGUGGAAGCGCCAGAAGAAGUUUACUCCAACACGCCCGAUCGUAGCGUCGCCUCCACCCACGAAGUCGCGAAGGCGGAGACAAUGUACGUCGCUUUUGUUUACACCCGACCCCGACACAUCGACGGGACCUGCUGCCAAGAAACCGCGACAUGAUUCGUGCACGCCAACGACAGAACACGAAGACAAUGACGGCGGCGAAGAAGUCAUGUUGGGUUUCACGAGCAGCUCGAAGAUCGAAGACGUUGGAUUGUUUAACUGCGACCAUGACGUCCAGUUCACGGGAGGGCUGUAUGGCGAAGGCACGGACGGCAAGGUGAGUGCGUGCAUCGUACAGGGUCAAAAGAUUGCUUUGAAACGAUCUAAGCCCCACGACGGGUUUACCGCCGACCAAGCCAAGCGAAAGAGCGCCGUGGAACUGCACUACUUGCGUCGAGUACGCCAUAAACCCGGAUUCAUUCAAUGUCUUGGCAUGUGCGACGGCAUCGAACACACAUGCAUUGCGUUGGAAGUGAUGGAUUGCAAGCUGAGCGAGUACCAACGCAAGCGCAUGGGUGUCAAGCAGCCGUUUCCUGCCAACGUCGCGCACCGCAUCCUCAAACAAAUCUCCGCCGCGAUGAUGGUGCUCCACGAAGAAGUCGACGCAGCGCACGGCGACCUCGCUUGCCGCAACAUCCUCGUGCGCAUGCCACCCAAGGGCCUCGAGAACACGAUCGACCCUGAGAUCAAACUCAGCGACUUUGGUCGGAUCAAGACGCGGGACCAAGAGCCGCCCAUUUUGAAGCCGUCGUUCAGUUUCUUUAAGAACGCCGACAUUGGGUCCUUCGGUCGCGACGUGCUUUAUCGGCUCUUGGUCGGGGACGUCUUGCCCGCUCAGUCGCUGGAAUCGCGGUCGCUCCACCGCCUGCUUCAGGACUACGUGGUCAAGUCGGUGCCGGAUGGCGCAGCGGCCUUGCUCGGUCCAUACUACAGCUUGUUCCAAAAGUGUACGGCAUGGGGCGUCCGUCCAUCAUUUCGAACCAUCCACGAUCACUUGGAAGCGCUCGAGUACUUUGACGUGUUUGAAAACGGCUUGUUUCCGCUUAAGCCGAAUCUCCACCACCUUGGCGCACCCCCGACGUCGAUGCCACACGGAUCCACGAAACUAUCGACGCCAGAUAUCAAGCGAAGCCUGUCGUUCCAGCGGGGCUCGAGCAGCUGCUCAAAGAAGCUCGAGUCGGCCCCAUCCCCAACGCCCAAACAAGCGCCGACGGAGCCCGCGCCAGAUGGCCUUUCCGCCAAGGUGAACUGGCUCAAGCCGCGACCCGUCGCAUCGUCGGCACCGCUGAAACCAGUCAACCCUGGCACGUCGAGGAGAUCGCUCAAGAUCUUGAGUGAAAUCUCCAAGCAGAGAUAUUUAAAGCAAUAGAUGUCAUCACACCACUGAUGCCUCGAGGUUGGUCGCACAGAUAAAACCACACU